UAGUAGAGAAACAAAAAGAUUUCAUUAGUGAAGAUAAAAUAAGAUCAAACAGCUCACUGCUGUAGAUUAAUAAUAAAAAGUAAGAAAAUCCUGAUCAACAGAACCUUUCAGGUCCAGACUCUAGUUCUCAGCUGGAUGGAGGUCUGGACUUUGACUCCUCCAGAACUUCCACCUUGUUGUCUUCAAACCAUCUCUGAGGAUCUUUGUUUGCUUCGACUCAUCGUCUGGAUGGAAACCUGAUCUUCUCCACGUCUCAGUUCUCUUCAGACUGCAUCAGGUUGUCCUCCAGGAUUUCAUUUACCCUUUACCUUUACCAGCCUUCCAGGUCCUGCUGCUGAGGAACACCAUGAUGCUGCCACCACCGUGCUUCACAUCAUGAUGCUGCCACUACAGUGCGUCACCGUGGGGAUGGUGUGUUUGUGAUGAUGUCAAAUAUAUCAUGUAGUCUGAUGGUCACAAAGCUCCAUCCUGGUCUCCUCAGACCAAAGACUCUUCUUCCAGGUGUCUUCAGAGUCUCCACAUGUCUUCUGGUGAACUUUAGUCCAGAUUUAAUUGGAGCUUUUUCCAUCAGAGUCUUUCUCUUUGUCUCCAUAAAGCUUUGACUGGUGAAGAACAGACAACAGUUGUUGGAUGAACAGUCUGAAGUUGGAACUCCUUCAGAGGAGUCAUAGGAGUCUUGGUGGCCUCCCUCUCUAGUCUCUUUCUCCUUCAGAGGAGUCAUAAGAGUCUUGGUGGCCUCCCUCUCUAGUCUCUUUCUCCUUCAGAGGAGUCAUAGGAGUCUUGGUGGCCUCCCUCUCUAGUCUCUUUCUCCUUCAGAGGAGUCAUAGGAGUCUUGGUGGCCUCCCUCUCUAGUCUCUCAGGUCUUGAGGACGUCCUGCUCUAGUCAGAUUUAUUCAUGUUCCAUCUUCCUUUCAUUUCUUAAUGAUGGAUUUAACUGGACUCCAGGAGAUCUUCAGGAACUUUAAAUGUUCUUGUAUUGUCCUGACUGAUGCUUUUCAACAACCUUUUCUCAGAGUUUCUUGGUUCUUCAAUGUUCAUGGUGUAGCUCUAUCCAGGAGUUCUGAUCCACCAGAGACGUACUCCGUGAAAACAAACAUCUGUACGAUCAGAGUGAAGUCAGAUGUGGAAUUUUAAUAAAAUACAAAUGAAUAAUUUGAUGGUGUGGAGAUAAAAAGGAGGCAGAGAUGGAGAUAAAGACAGGUGAAGGUUUCUCCAGGUGUGAGUGAUGUCAUGAGAGCAAGAUCGUAACUAUAUGAACACACAUUAAAUAACACACACACAUUAAAUAACACACACAUAGCUAUACAUUCUCAUACACACACGUCUUUACAGAGAUAAUUCCAUGUAAACAUACCUGUGCACGCACACACACUCAGGUGAAGCUGUGGGAAAGGAGGUAAUUGUUGUUGUGCCAACAGGAUAAUUAUUCUCUCUCUCUCACACACACACACACACACACACACACACACACACACACACACACACACACACACACACACACACACACACACACACACACACACACACACACACAGAGCUGUGGGGUAUAAAAGCAGCUGCAGAUGGUGUGUUUCUGGUUCUGCUGGACGACGACUCACCACAGUGACCAGGUAUGAACACACCUCAGCUCAUCAUUAACUGCUAUUUACCAGGAAGUUUGGUUUCUGUCGGCUUGGAUCAGUGAGUCAGAGCGGCAGGUUCUAGUCCUUUCACAGAACCAUCACAGUCUGGAGCGCAGAACGUUCUGCUGCUCAGAGAACCUCAUAGUUGUGUCUUUGCUGAAGUUGUUCAAUUCAGUUUUAUUUAUAUAGCACCAAUUACAGGUCAGAUUGUCUCAAGACACUUUCCGGAACCCAUAUGAACCCCCAGAGCAGCCCUAAGGAGACAGUGGCAGAAAAACACAUUUAACAGGAAGAAGCCUGGAGCAGAACCCAGAUCUUUAUGUGGGGGAACCCAUCUGCUGGUGGAAGGAGGGUAGAGAGGCACAGAAGAGGUAGAGAUAGAGAGGUAGAGAGGGGGAGUGAUCGGAGAAGAUGAGGGUGGGGAACAAGGAACAUAAAGGGACACUCGGAGAAAGAUUUCACAGGAAGCCAAUGAAGAGAAACCAAUAUAGGAGAAAUAUGAUCUCUCUUGCUAACUCCCGUCAGUACUCUGGCUGCAGCAUUUUGGAUCAGCUGUAGAUGUUUCAGAGAGCUAUUGGGACAACCUGAUAAUAAGGAAUUACAGUAGUCAAGCCUAGAAGUAACAAAUGCAUGGACUAGUUUUUCUGCAUCACUCUGAGACAGGAUGUUCCUGAUUUUUACAAUAUUUCUCAGGUGGAAAAAGGAAGUCCUACAGAUUUGUUUUAUGUGUGAGUUAAAGGACAUGUCCUGGUCAAAGAUAACACCAAGGUUCCUCACAGUAGUACUGGAGGCCAAUGUAAUGCCAUCCAGAGUAACUAUAUGCUUUGAAAGCAAUUCUCUAAGAUGUUUGGGGCCAAAUACAAUGACUUCAGUCUGGUCUGAAUUUAGUAGUAAGAAAUUAUAGGUCAUCCAGGUCUUUAUGUCCUUAAGACAACCUUGCAGUCUAGCUAGCUGAUUAGUUGCAUCUGGCUUCAUAGAUAAAUACAACUGUCGUAAGCGUAACAAUGGAAAUUAGUACAGCGCUUCCUUCGUGCUUCCGGUGGAGAUCAUUUUCUGAGGAGCAGAUCUGAGGUACCUUUAGUCAUGAAUGAGCAUCCACUGAGAGCAAAAAUGCUGCCACCAUCAGACCAGACUGUGAAUUACAGCGCUACUCUGUAACUAGCAGCUGUUUCAGGUUCUCACUGGGUUUCCUUUUAACUUCAAGCAUAUUUGAAGCAAACUUUUUAAAAUAGCAAAAACCCAUAGUGAACUUGUCUUCUUUCCAUGAACUGGUAUGGACAGAAUGAAUUGUUCUGCAUAGAUUUGUCUGAAGGUGGCACUGUAGGCUCCAUGAGCUGUAAUAAAAAGAGUAAAAGCUCCACAUCCAGCCAUUUAUUUUAGUUUAGUUUAUUAAUCAGGAAACGUUUCAGUCCGUCCAGCUGUAGUUUCCACUUUUAACUGCAGUUUUAUCCUUUAAUCUGUGAACUUCUGUUCUCACCUCACUGCUGCUUCAUAAAACAAGAGUUUAUCAGAACAAAACUAAAACCAAACAGUCAUUUCCCUUUUUUUUUUUUAGAGGAACAGCUUCAACUAAUCAGUAAAACAGUUCAUAGAUGAACUGACUGAAAACUCUGUAAGCGGAGUGAUAAAAAUAAAGAGUAGUGAGUUUAACAGCUGUGGAGUGUGUCAGGAGGGGGCGCUACAGGCUGCAAUAGGUGCAGUAAACUAAGCAGAAAAAGACGGAAACAAAAGCUGUUUAUGUUCAGAUGGUUUCUGCUAAAGGUUCUCCUGAGGAUCAUCAACGCUGCUCAGAAAAAGACAAAAAGCGUCUCAACGGAGCAGAACAACUUGAUUUUUUGUGACAUUUUGUAGUUUUUGUUCGUUUGCUGAGAUGAUUCUUUAAAGAGAAAAAGACGGAGCUAGAGAGAGACAACCUGAUCCUGAUGGACGUCCUCCAUCCACCCUGAGCUCCUCCUGAUGGACGUCCUCCAUCCACCCUGAUCUCCUCCUGAUGGACGUCCUCCACCCUGAUCUCCUCCUGAUGGACGUCCUCCAUCCACUCUGAGCUCCUCCUGAUGGACGUCCUCCAUCCACUCUGAUCUCCUCCUGAUGAACAUCCUCCAUCCAUCUUGAUGGACGUCCUCCAUCCACUCUGAGCUCCUCCUGAUGGACGUCCUCCACCCUGAUCUCCUCCUGAUGGACGUCCUCCACCUUGAUCUCCUCCUAAUGGACGUCUUCCACCCUGAUCUCCUCCUGAUGGACAUCCUCCAUCCACUCUUAGCUCCUCCUGAUGGAUGUCCUCCACCCUGAUCUCCUCCUGAUGGACGUCCUCCACCCUGAGCUCCUCCUGAUGGACGUCCUCCACCCUGAUCUCCUCCUGAUGGACGUCCUCCACCCUGAUCUCCUCCUAAUGGACGUCUUCCACCCUGAUCUCCUCCUGAUGGACAUCCUCCAUCCACUUUUAGCUCCUUCUGAUGGAUGUCCUCCACCCUGAUCUCCUCCUGAUGGACAUCCUCCAUCCACUCUUUGCUCCUCCUGAUGGACGUCCUCCUCUGAGCUCCUCCUGAUGGACGUCCUCCAUCCACUCUGAGCUCCUCCUGAUGGACGUCCUCCAUCCACUCUGAGCUCCUCCUGAUGGACGUCCUCCAUCCACUCUGAUCUCUUCCUAAUGGACAUCCUCCAUCCACCCUGAGCUCCUCCUGAUGGACGUCCUCCACUCUGAUCUCCUCCUGAUGGACGUCCUCCAUCCACUCUGAUCUCCUCCUGAUGGACGUCCUCCAUCCACUCUGAGCUCCUCCUGAGUUCUUCUAACUCCUGAACUUUAUUUUUCCAUAACUAUGUCCUGAAGUGAUUCUUUAAAUGCAGCGACCUGCUGAGGUUCACUGACCAAUAAAAACUCUUCAUCCAUGAUGUCAGAAUGCUGUGUGACAUCAUCAUGACAUCACAGAGCUGGCAGUGUGUCUGCAGCCGAGUGCAGCCAGGAGGCGCGGCUAACAUUGACUGACAGCGUGGUUUCCGUGGCGACCUUCAGUUGGACUUUCUGCUCUCCUCCUUUCAUCCCUCCUGCCUGCCCCUCUGUUGUCUGCUGCUGCUUCGGUCUUUGCAUUAUAAUUUCUCUCUUUCAGAGCUGCGAGGACGCCGAGGUUCUGCUGCCUGAACUCCUGCUGAACAUCAGACCUCAUGAGCCUCCACCAGAACUCGGCUCCUUGCUGCCUCAGUGAUGAAGAAGACGAAGAUCUCAACAAAGCGUUUGAUGUUCCAGGUUUCCAGCAGAUCCUUUAUCCUGCAGCUCGCAGCCCUCCGGAGAAACAUCGGGUUCUGGAUGAGCAGGACAUCGAAGAGCACCGUCACUCCUCCCUCCACGUCCAUCAUCCUCUUUCCAAGCCGCUUUCCGACAGCAGGAGGAAAAGAACCAAUGAGGGGAGGAGGGAGGACAGGCGAGGCUCCGCCCCCAACGCCACAGCCACCAUAGAAGAAGACGAGGAGGAGGCGUUCGCUGACGGAGAGGAGGGCUGGACCUCCAGUGACACGCCCACCUUCUCAUCCAGUCACGUCGGCCUCUCACCUGGUCACACCGUGACGACAACCGUUCCCCCUGACGACGCCGACGAGGAUGAGACUCUGGCGUCAGUCGACCUGGAUGGCAUCAAGAGUCACAGAUUGGAUGAUGUUCCUGCGGUUCGACGUCACCUGGUGAGGCGGAGCUCCAGAGGCCCGACUGUUCAUGUCAGCAAAGAUCAGCUGAGCAGUUGGACGAACCAACACCUGCAGCCGGACCGAACACCUCACGAGGUGUUCGUGGAGCUGAACGAGCUGGUGAUCGACCGGAACCAGGAGCUGCAGUGGAGGGAGACGGCCCGCUGGAUCAAAUUUGAGGAGGAGGUGGACGAGGAGACGGAGCGCUGGGGACGGCCUCACAUCGCAUCGCUGUCCUUCCGCUCACUGCUGGAGCUCCGCAAAACCAUCUCCCACGGUGCCGUGCUGCUGGACCUGAAGCAGACGACUCUGCCGGGCAUCGCUCAGCAGGUGGUGGAGCAGAUGGUGAUCUCCGACCAGAUCAGAGCUGCAGACCGAGCCAACGUGCUGAGAGCGCUGCUGCUGCGACACAGCCACCCCAGCGAUGAGAAGGACCACAGUUCCUUCAGCAGGAACAUCUCUGCUGCCAACAUGGCUGCCCUGAUGGACAGACACAAUGGCCAAUCAGAGCCCUGCAGCUACUCAGCCAAUGACAGAGAGGCUGACGGAGACAGCGGCAAGAAAGAUCCUCCACCAUUCUGCCACUCCAGAUCCAAACAUGAAGUGAAGCUGAUGGAGAAGAUUCCAGAGAGAGCCGAGGCCACCGUUGUUCUCGUAGGCAGCGUGGACUUCCUGGACCAGCCCUCCAUGGCGUUCGUUCGGCUGCAGGAGGCGGUUCUGCUGGAGUCCGUGUUGGAGGUUCCCAUCCCUGUGAGGUUCCUGUUCCUCCUGUUGGGUCCGCCCACCGCCAACAUGGACUACCACCAGAUCGGACGCUCCAUCUCCACGCUCAUGUCAGACAAGCUCUUCCAUGAGGCGGCCUACGAAGCCGACGGCCGCCACGACCUGCUCGCUGCCAUCAACCGCUUCCUGGACUGCAGCGUGGUGCUGCCGCCGUCAGAGGUGGGCGGAGACCAGCUACUGCACUCGGUGGCUCAGUUCCAGAGAGAAAUCCUGAGGAAGAGGGAGGAGGAGCAGAGCGGCAAGCUGCAGGAGAAGAAGAGCAGCACUCAGCAGGAUCCAGAUCCUCUCGUUCCUUCCAAACCGGCUGACGAGCCUCUGAGGCGUUCAGGUCGUCUGUUCGGAGGUCUGAUCAGGGACGUGAUGCGGCGCUACCCUCAGUACCUCAGCGACAUCCGGGACGCCCUCAACCCUCAGUGCAUGGCUGCCAUCAUCUUCAUCUACUUCGCUGCGCUGUCGCCUGCCAUCACCUUCGGAGGACUGCUGGGUGAGAAGACGGAGGGUCUGAUUGGUGUGUCGGAGCUGAUUGUUGCCACGGCGAUGCAGGGCAUCGUGUUCAGUGUGUUGGGAGCUCAGCCUCUGCUGGUGAUCGGCUUCUCAGGACCACUGCUGGUGUUUGAAGAGGCCUUCUACACCUUCUGUAAAGACAACGGCAUCGAGUAUCUGACGGGUCGGGUUUGGAUCGGCUUCUGGCUGCUGCUCAUCGUUGUCCUGACCGUCGCCUUUGAGGGAAGCAUCCUGGUUCGCUUUGUUUCCCGCUUCACCCAGGAGAUCUUCUCCUUCCUCAUCUCCCUCAUCUUCAUAUAUGAGACCUUUGCCAAGCUGGUCAAGAUCUUUCAGGAGCAUCCUCUCCAAAACUGCUACCAUGGAAACAACACCACAUCUCCGUCUCUGUGCAACUUCACCUCUAUGGCCGCCGGGAAUCCUGGGAAGGUGGUUGGAGAGCCGAACACGGCGCUGCUGUCGCUAGUCCUCAUGGCGGGAACAUAUUUCAUCGCUUUCUACCUGCGCAAGUUCAAGAACAGCUCCUUCUUCCCUGGAAAGCUCCGGAGGACCAUUGGAGACUUCGGCGUCCCCAUUGCGAUCCUCAUCAUGGUGCUGGUGGACUACAGUGUGGAGGACACCUACACUCAGAAACUGAGCGUGCCCAGUGGAUUCUCUGUGUCCAGUCCGGAGAAGCGUGGUUGGCUGAUCUCUCCUCUGGGCUCAGACGGCCAGUUUCCAGUUUGGAUGAUGGGCGCCAGCAUCCUGCCGGCCAUCCUGGUCUUCAUCCUGAUCUUCAUGGAGUCCCAGAUCACAGCGCUGAUCGUCAGUAAGAAGGAGAGGAUGCUGGUGAAGGGAACUGGUUUCCACGUGGACCUGUUAAUCAUCGUGGUGGUGGGCGGAGUCUCGGCGCUGUUCGGGUUGCCAUGGUUAUCAGCCGCCACGGUUCGGUCGGUCACCCACACCAAUGCCCUGACCGUCAUGAGCAAAGCUGUCGCCCCUGGAGACAAACCUCGCAUCCAGGAAGUCAAGGAGCAGCGGGUGACAGGUUUCCUGGUGGCAGUUCUAGUGGGUCUGUCCAUCGUGAUUGGGGACGUCCUGCGUCAGAUCCCCCUGGCGGUGCUGUUUGGGAUCUUCCUCUACAUGGGGGUCAUGUCCCUGAACGGGAUCCAGCUCACCGAACGCCUCAUCCUGCUGCUGAUGCCCCCGAAGUACCAUCCCGACCACAGCUACGUCCGCAAGGUGCGAACGCUGAGGAUGCACCUCUUCACUGUUGUCCAGCUCACCUGUCUGUCUCUGCUGUGGGUUGUCAUGGCGACAGCGGCAGCACUAGCGUUCCCCUUCAUGCUGCUGCUGACCAUUCCGGUGAGGAUGCUGCUGCUGCCCCGCCUCUUCAGCGACCGCGAGCUGCAGAGCCUGGACGCUGAUGAUGCGGAGCCUCACCUGGAGGAGAGGGAGGGGCAGGACGAGUACUCUCAGCUGCAGAUGCCCGUGUGACCCAGCAGCUGCCAGCUGAUUGGUGGAGCUCGUUUUCAAACUGUUCCACUCGCUGAAAACGUUCUAUCAGUAAAAGCAGCUCUUAUCCUGAAA